CAGACCCAAGACUUCCUUCUGUCCUCUGAUCACUUGUGUGCUCGUUAAUGUGGUCACAGUGUGCAGAGGGAUCGUAUUGGGGAGCGUAUGGCUAAAACCUUGGGCUGAUUUGGCUUUUCCGAGCAGUUUGUUUCUCUUAUCUGCUGGGAUCAUGAUUGUUGUUGAAAGCUGUGGGAGAGUGGGAGGAACACAGACCACCAGCCCCUAGACAACCAGCCAGUGUAACCAUGACACCCACUUGCACGCACUGACCUGCCCCCCUUUCCUCACUUAUCUCUACACACCUUCAUCGAGAGGCGGGGACUAACCAGGAAGUAAGGAAGUAAACAAAGAUGUCUUCCCACAAGCGCAGCUUCCAGUGCUUCGAUGCCAUCAUGGAUGAGGGCGGCCACCACCUCAAACCCUCUCUCCCCUUCGGGCUGCGUUCUGCCCCCGCUCCUCCCCCCAGCAGAUCCCCUCAUGGUGGGGAUACCACUCACCAGGAGCCCAUGGAGGACCAGGGGUGUUACCUGUGUGCCCAGGCCACGGAGGCCAGACAGGAGGCCCAGAGAGAGGCCCAAAGAGAGGCCCAAAGAGAGGCAUCAGCCUGGUACCUCCCUCCGGUCCAUCACCACCCCCUGCAGUAUGUCCGCAGGCGGCCGGUCCGGCCUGAGGAGGUCCCUGCUGAGCCCUCUGACCACCACCACCACCACCACCUCCACAGGCACAGCAAGAAGGUGGUGCUGGUGAAGAAUAGCGACCCCUCUGUUCGGAGGACCAUCGUGCUCCAUCGAGGGACCAUCCGCAGCCUGGGCCUGUUUCUGGAGGAGCUCUCUGAGUUCAUGCAGUACCACGUCAGGAAGCUGUGCACUCUGGAGGGACGCAAGGUGACACUGUCUACUACUGCAAUAUCACUAGAUAUUACCUUUGGUGGGCUAGUUUAGGGUAACUUUAAGUUUAGGGUAAGUUUUCCCCAAAGUGUAGCAUUGGUUAUCGUUACAUAAUGAAGCAGAUAGUGAUGGGGAAAAAAACAGUUACAUAUUGGUAUUUAAUUUUUGACGAUAUAUCGCAAUAUCAUUUUUUUAACGAUAUUGCAAUAUUCUUUUUGCGCUGGUCGGCUGUAUCUUCACCAAAACACAGGGACUUUUCCUUCUACAUAUAA